GUCCAUUGUGUCCGUUCUCAACUAUGACGUGCUGUUCUGGCCUCCAUCAGAGGGAGACUUGUGUGAUGUUUGGGUGUUUAUCCUUACAUCUAUCUACUCGUCCUUAUAUCUCCUGAUAUCUACUGCACCAUGGCAAAUGUGCAUACAUUAAACUAACAACCUAAACAUUCAACAAUCAGCGUUAAUGUUCCCAACCCGAAUCAGAAGUACGAGUCCGUAUUAAUCAAGCUUAAUAUCAAGCCUUCGCAGCUCCCAAUAUCUCCAGCCAUGGCUAUGUCACAAGCAGCCCACGCCGUGGAAAAAGCCACGGGACACCAAGGCGACGCCAUCACAGCGCAAGACGUCGCAAACUACACCAAGACCGGGAAUGCGUCGCAAACCAUGAAGGCCCUCGUCUGGCAGGGCAAGAACACCGUCAAAGUCGUCGACACCCCGCGGCCCAACAUCCUGGAGGACCGCGACGUCAUCCUCCGCGUCACCGGCAGCACAAUCUGCGGCUCCGAUCUGCAUCUAUACCACGGAUCCAUUCUUCAGAUGGCCAAGGGCGAUAUCAUGGGUCAUGAAUUCUGCGGCGUCGUGGACGAGAUCGGGCCCGGGGUGAAGGGAAUCAAGAAGGGCGGCCGCUAUGUCGCCUCGUUCCAGAUUGCUUGUGGAGAUUGUUUCUACUGCCGGCAAAAGCUCUCCUCGCAAUGUGAAAAGACAAACUCCAACACCCAAGCCAAGGCCCUCUACGGGACACAAACAUCCGGCAUGCUGGGCUACAGCCACUUCACCGGCGGCUUCGCCGGCGGCCAGGCCGAGUACGUCCGCGUGCCCCUGGGCGACGUGAACCUCCUCGAGAUCCCGGACAACGUCCCCGACGAGCAGGCCCUGUACCUGUCCGACGUGCUCCCGACCGCCUACAACGCCGUCAAGGACACGGCCGUCUACGAGGGGGAUUCGGUCGCCGUCUUCGGCGCCGGCCCCAUCGGCCAGAUGGCCGGCUACUUCGCCCUGGGCGAGGGCGCCAAGCAGGUCAUCUUCGUCGACACGGAGCCGCGGCUGAGCUUCGUCUCCUCGCGGUGGCCCGCCGCGCACAUGGACAAGCUGGUCCUGGUCGACUACAAGCAGCUCUCCCACGGCCUGACGAACCGCGAGACCGUCGUCUCCCGCCUCAAGCAGCUGACCGAGGGCCGCGGGCCCGACGUCGCCAUCGAGUGCGUGGCCGGCGAGUACGCCAAGGGCUGGCUCCACUGGAUCGAGAUGCAGCUGGGCGCCGAGACCGACACGAGCGAGAUCCUCAACGAGAUGAUCGAGGGCGUGCGCAACUUCGGCCGCUGCGGCGUCACCGGCGCCUAUGUCGGCUAUACCAACCACUUCAACAUCGGCUCCCUCAUGGAGCGCGGCAUCCGCUUGAUCGGCAACGGUCAGGCCCCCGUGCACAAGUACUGGGAGGAGCUGCGGUCCAGGCUUGAAAAGGGCGAGCUGGACGUCUACCAAAUGCUCUCGCACCGCGUGCGACUCGAAGACAUGGACAAGGUGUAUACCAAGUACGAUCAGCGGGAGGACGCCAUGCAAAAGAUCUUCGUUGAGACAAAGUGGUCGUUCCCGAGGGCGGAGGGUACUCCUGUCUUGACGGAAUACUGAGUCGUGCCUGUGUUAUUAGGGG